CAACAUUUGGCAUUUAUCAUUUUGAAGAUAGUAAACAAUGUUCUACAUAGAAAUAUGUAAAUAAGGAUUUAUAAGUACACAUGUUGAACAUGUAUUAUAGGAAUGGUCUAUGUAUAUUUCUUGUUUUCUUAUUAAAUCGAACACAUGCAGAUUUUGAAACACCAUUUAAUGAUUUACUGGUAGCAGAAGUGGAUGAGAACUCAGCAACAAUAAUUUGGCAGACAGGAAACCUAAUCGAUGAAAUUGUGAAUGCUUAUCACAUAAAGUGCGAACAAAAGGAUAUAAACAAGAUCAUAUUGGAGCUUUCUGUCUCAAUUGCAACUUCCACUUUCACAAUUACCUCGCUUACUCCAUCCACAAAUUACACUGUAUCCAUAUACGGAGAAACUAUUAACAGUCGUCUGCUGAUAUCAUCACUGAACUUUGAAACUGAAACUGAGGAUUCCGUAGGCCAAACAUCGCCAGUAUUAAACAGUUCAACGUCAUGUAAAGAGGAAUUUGACUGUUUAAAUGGAGUUUGUGUUUCAUUCCAAUGGGUUUGUGAUGGAGAAAACGAUUGUGCAAAUUUAAAAGAUGAAGAAAACUGUACAGUUAAAUAUACACAGUGUGGCAAUUCAGAGUUUCGAUGUGAUGAUGGGUCUUGCAUUCCCGCUAAGUGGCGCUGUGAUAACAAUGACGAUUGUGGCGACAAUAGCGAUGAGCAUGACUGCGAGGACGUUUUGUCCGGCUGUGGAGGGUUCAGAAACAGGACAGAUACAGAAGGCGACAUAAGGGGGAGAUUUGAUUCAACAAAUAUCGAUAACAACAGAACUUGUGUAUGGGAUAUCGUGGUUCCUGGACAUAUGAUGAUAAAGCUACAUUUCUAUACACGAUUCAAUAUAAAAACAUCUGCAAAUUGUACAGAUGAAUAUGUUGCAGUGUUCCAGGAAGACGGAAUGGAGAUAGGGAAAUAUUGUGGGAGAAAGCGACCACCUGACAUGGUUAUAGAAAACAGUCGUACACGGAUAGUCUUCAGGGCCAUCAACAUGACGCAGAACGAGGGGUUUGCUAUGCACUGGUCAUCUUUUAUGUUUCUUUCAGCAUCAACAAGUACAAUUCCCACAACAAACUCAGAUAUAUUGGUUUGUAACAAGAUUUUCAUCAUCACCAAUGAAACAUCAGGAUAUAUUGAUACAUCAGAACUUAGUCAAACGUUUGACUACCUAUGCCAGUGGUAUAUUGAAGCUCCAAUCAAUUACAGAAUCCGAUUCCAGUUUACCUAUAUUACCCUGAACGAAGAUAUGUUAUGUUCCCGUGAUUCUCUAAUAAUAUUGGACGGACGGAAUUCGAGUAACCGGUAUGGUCCAUUUUGUGGACAAACUAUACCUCCUGAUAUUUAUACUAUUGGUCGUUUUGCAAAGAUAAUUUACCAACUGGAUCCUAUUAAUGGAACUAGUGGAUUUCAUCUUCAGUUUUCUGCUAUAGAACUUCCCAAGCCUACUACUACAAAGUCUAGUUCCGGAAUCAACUGUAACCACGAUAUAUAUUAUCACAAUCCAGGUUUCAUUGUUUCGCCAAAUUAUGGUAAUGGAAACUACUUCACUAGACUUCAUUGUGUUUGGAGGAUAUUUGCUCCAAAUGGAUAUAUAAUGCGACUUCACUUUCUGCAAUUUGACAUUGAAUAUGAAUCUGAUUGUCUGUAUGAUGCACUUACAAUAACAAAUGAGAACAGUGUUAAUACUUAUUGUGGUCAAGCUAAUCCAAAGGACAUUCUAUCGAAAACAAAUACUAUAAUGCUGACCUUUAUAACUGAUCAUACCAUGUCAGGCAAAGGAUUUAACAUUUCUUACACAACAGAAAACCAAACAGAAAUUUAUAUAAAUCAAGCUAUUGAGGAACAGUGCAGGAAUGGAACAAUGAUGUUAAAUAAUAACACACACGGUGAAUUAUUAUCACCAGGUUAUGUUCUUCAAGAGAAUUAUCCUGUAAACAUAAACUGUUCCUGGAUUAUAUCUGCUCCUCUCGGAAAAGUAAUCACACUUACCUUCAACGACUUUCAUAUUGAAGGAGAAAGAGACAACAUUUGUUCUUACGAUUCGCUGUCAAUAUUCAACAGGGUCGGCAGUAUGAACACGUUAAUUAGAACAGUAUGUGGAUGGAAUUUCCCAAACAAACUUACAUCGACCAGUCACCAGAUGUUUAUAACAUUCUACAGUGACAGUACUAAAACAUUAUCAGGAUUCAACAUAACCUAUGAUGUACAUGAACCUCUUCUACCAUGUUCUUCAUCCGAGUUUCGAUGUGGCGUUGGGGAUUGCAUCAAUUCUUCAUUGGUUUGUAACAAUAUAGCUGAUUGUAAAGAUGGAACUGAUGAAAUCGUCUGUAGUUCAGACCACAUAUUUUGUGGUAGCCCAUCAAUUCCACCAGCCAACGUAAGUUUCAAAGUCGUCGGCGGAGAAGAAGCUAGACUUGGUAGUUGGCCAUGGCAGGUCUCCCUUCAAUAUAAGGGUGUUCAUAUGUGUGGAGGAAGUCUGAUACAUCCAGAAUGGAUUGUCACAGCAUCACAUUGCUUUGAGGGAAUCGAAAGUGACAGAUCUGCAAAGUAUUGGACGGCAUAUUUAGGCGUGCAUCACAUGAACAAACACGACAUUGGUUCAGUCCACGCACCUGUGCAAUCAAUAAUAGUUCAUGAAGGAUUUGAUUUGUCUACCACUGAUAAUGACAUUGCUUUGGUGAGACUACAAGACCUUCUUACACUGAAUGAUAUAAUAGAUACUGUAUGUCUUCCGCAGUCAACAGUCAAAACGGGAACUAUGUGUUAUGUAACUGGUUUUGGACAAGUAAUGGAAUCGUGCUGUCCUGAUGUUCUGAAGCAAGCUAUGGUUCAAAUCGACGAUUUAUACCAGUGUAAUCAAACAUCACAUUUACAUGGACAAAUUACGAGGAACAUGAUUUGUGCUGGAAAUGGUGAAAAUGAUGCGUGCAAAGGUGAUAGUGGAGGACCACUCGUCUGCCAAGAUGAUAACGGUAAAUGGGAACUUUCUGGUGUAACAUCAUUCGGUUUCCAAUGUGGUGUUCCAGAUACCCCUGGAGUAUAUACUUCCGUUAGAAACUAUGUCAAAUGGAUACAACAGACAAUUAUAUAUGGUGAUUUCAACAAUAUUUGUGAAUUUCAACAGUUUGAAUCAGUAUAUGUUAUGGUUGGAUAUGGUGUACACAUUAACCUUCUUGUUUUAGUGAUUCAAGCAAUUUACGCAGGUGUAUUAAAAGAUUUAGUGGUAACAAAUAUUAACGACACAUCAGCAACAAUAGAAUGGACACCACCCAAUAUAGUCAGUGGAAUCCUCAACGGCUACCGCAUAAGAUUUGAAGAAACAGGUUAUCCUAAAACAGGGUUUGGUAUAUCUGUAUUGGUCUCAAGUUUAAAUUAUACGAUUGCUGCUCUGAGUCCAUCUACCAAUUAUACAGUGUCGCUGUUUGCCUCAACUACUAUGGGUCGUAUGCUUAUAUCAUCAACGACUUUCAGAACCACAGAUACUAUUGCUAUAACAACGACAUGUGAUGGCCAACAAUUUGAUUGUUUAAAUGGUAGAUGCAUUUCACCUCAAUGGGUUUGUGAUGGAGAGAACGACUGCGGAAACUUGAAAGACGAAGAGAACUGUAUAAUGCAAAAAGUUGAAUGUAGCAGUUCAGAGUUCCGAUGUGGCAAUGGAGGUUGUAUUCCUGCUAAGUGGCGCUGUGAUUAUAAUGAUGACUGUGGUGACAACAGUGACGAGCAAGGCUGUGAAAAUACUUUGUCUGGUUGUGGAGGGUUAAAAUAUAGGACGGGAACUGAAGGUGAUAUCAGAGGAAGAUAUAAUCCAUUCGACUUCCCUAAUAACAGGACCUGUUUAUGGGAUAUUACUGUUCCAGAUGACAUGUUUAUCAAAAUUCAUUUUCUACAAAGAUUCCGCAUUAAAGCUUCUCUGGACAACUGCACAGAUAAAUUUGUUGCAGUAUAUCAGGAUAAUGGAGAAGCGCUAGGUAAAUAUUGUGGUAGACAGCCUCCACUUGAUAUGACAAUAGAAAGAAACCAUAUACAGAUUGUUUUCAAGACCAUCAAUAUGACCAGGUCCGAGGGAUUCUCAAUGCACUGGUCAGCAGUGAAUGCAACUAAAAACAAUAGCGGAUCAAAUCAAUUGGAAAAACUUGUUUGUAAUCAAGUUUUUACCAUCGACAACGCGACUACACAUUACAUUGAUACGUCAGAACUUAAUCAAACCAUUGACUCCCAAUGUGUAUGGUUUAUAGAAGCACCAAAAGGUUACAGUAUCCGCUUCCGGUUUACUGAUUUCAAUCUAAACGAAGACAGGUAUUGUUCACAUGACUCUAUAGUUAUAAUGGACGGACCAAAUUUAAGGAUUCCGUACGGACCAUAUUGUGGACAGACUAUUCCAUUGGAUAUCGUAACCUCAUAUCAUAUAGCUAAAAUUAUAUACCAGUUAGAUCCUAUCAAUGGAACCAGUGGGUUUUCUUUGCAGUUUUCUGAAGUUGAAUUGCCUACUGCUAUACCUACGCUACCUGCUCCAAAGAUCCUGUGUGACCAUGAUAUAUAUUAUACAGAACCUGACUUUAUUACAUCACCAAAUUAUGGUUACGGCAACUACUAUCCUAGACUGCGUUGUUUAUGGAGAAUAUUUGCCCCAAGUGGAUAUUUAAUAAGGCUUCAUUUUACAUAUUUUGACGUAGAAUUCAGUCAGAAUUGUUUGUAUGAUGCUUUGACAAUAACAGAUGGAACCUCUCCAUCCGGGGAUGUUCUCACUACUCUGUGUGGACAGAUGUUCCCGGAUGAUGUUUUAUCAAAGACUAAUUCGGUUGUGCUAUCAUUUGUGAGCGACGAUAACAAAUCGGGGUCGGGAUUUAACAUUACUUAUACCAUUGAAAACAAAACAGAAGUUGAUAACGGUAAUAUAGUGGAAGAAUUAUGUCGCAAUGGUACUGUUAUGUCAAAAAAUGAUUCUCAGGGAGAAAUAUUAUCGCCUGGUUAUGAACUCGGAAGGAAAUAUCCGACAAACAUAAACUGUUCAUGGUUCAUUGAGGCGCCAAUGGGAAAAGUUAUUUCGCUUACUUUUAAUGAUUUUGAUGUAGAAAAUGAACGGGAUUGUCAGUUUGAUUCACUGUCAAUAUAUGACAGGAUAAAUGGCGUGGACACCUUGAUUCAGACAUUAUGUGGACCGGCAUAUCCAAACAGAUUGACCUCUACCAGUAACCUACUGUUAAUGGUGUUCCAUAGCGAUGAAAGUGAUACUAGAUUAGGAUUUAAUAUAACAUAUGAUUUUCGUGAUCCUGUUCCUUCUUGCUUGUCGUCAGAGUUCAGGUGUGGAAAUGGUAACUGCAUCGAUUCUUCAUUGGUUUGUAAUAACGUAUCUGAUUGUAGCGACGGAACAGAUGAAAUAGUCUGCAGUUUGUAUGAUAAAAAUUGUGGAAAACCAUCUAUUCAAGCAGUAAACGUAGAUCACAGAAUAUUUGGAGGACAAGAAGCUAAGCCAGGAAGCUGGCCGUGGCAGGUUUCGUUAAAACAUGACGGUGAUCAUUUAUGUGGUGGAACUCUGAUUCACCCCGAAUGGAUAGUUACAGCGUCACACUGCUUUGAACAUUAUAGAUCAACAAAACACUGGACGGCAAAUCUUGGAGAGCAUCACAUGUACAAAGACGAUCCUGGUGCGAUACAAGCGGCGGUUAAGACCAUUAUAGUACAUGAACAUUUUGAGACUGUCAGUACUAAUAACGACAUAGCUUUAGUUCAGCUUCAGAUAACGCUACCCCUGAAUGAUAAGAUAGAUACUGCAUGUUUACCACAAGUUAUGUUCAAACCAGGAACUCUCUGUUAUGUGACUGGAUUUGGAGAAGUUUUAGGCACGUGUUGCCCGUUUGUACUGAAGCAAGCAGCAGUGCCAAUUGACGACCUAAAUAGUUGCAAUGUAACAUCAAAUUUACAUGGACAAAUUACAGAAAAUAUGUUUUGUGCAGGGAUAGGCGGGAAUGAUGCCUGUAAUGGUGACAGCGGCGGACCAUUGGUUUGCAAAGACAGUGAUGGUAAAUGGGAACUUUCUGGUGUAACAUCUUUUGGCAUUGGUUGCGGUGAUCCAAAUUCUCCAGGAGUGUAUACAAAAGUUAGCAACUACAUCUCAUGGAUACACCAGAAAAUUGCAGAAUAUUCAUAAAAAUACUUUCACAUUAUUAUUCAGUUUUGUAUUUAUUAAUUAUUGUUGUUGUUGAAUAAAAUAUUUUACUUCA